GCGGCUCGACCCCCGGCUCCGGGAGGCGAGGCAAGUACGGACGGACGGACAUGGGUCCCCGGAGGAGUAGCAGCAGCAGCCGCCGCCGUCGCCGCCGCCGGAGGACACGGCCCUGAGAGGCCCCGGGGCCCCGGCGCAGCCCCCCGGGCGGGCUGUGUUGCUGCCUGCUGUGCUAUGAGCAGUCAGAACGUCUUCUCCACGAGAGUUUGCAAAUGAAAAUGGAGGAAAUGUCUUUGUCUGGCCUGGAUAACAGCAAGCUGGAGGCCAUCGCUCAUGAGAUUUAUACAGAACUGGUGGAAGAUGCUUGUCUGGGACUCUGCUUUGAGGUACACCGGGCUGUCAAGUGUGGCUACUUCUUCUUGGAUGACACAGACCCCGACAGCAUGAAGGACUUUGAGAUUGUAGACCAGCCUGGAGUGGAUAUCUUUGGGCAAGUGUACAAUCAGUGGAAGAACAAGGAAUGUGUUUGCCCCAACUGCAGCCGCAGCAUCGCUGCCUCCCGCUUUGCUCCUCACCUGGAAAAAUGUCUGGGCAUGGGCCGGAAUAGCAGUCGAAUUGCCAAUCGUCGGAUCGCCAGUAGCAACAACAUGAACAAGUCUGAGAGUGACCAGGAAGACAACGAUGAUAUCAAUGACAAUGACUGGUUCUAUGGCUCGGAGAAGAAAGCAAAGAAGAGAAAAUCAGACAAGAACCCCAACUCCCCUCGAAGGUCCAAGUCAUUAAAACACAAAAAUGGGGAACUUAGCAGCAAUUCAGAUCCUUUUAAGUAUAGCAACUCUUCUGGGAUCAACUAUGAAACCCUAGGUCCUGAGGAGCUUCGAACCCUGCUUACCACACAAUGUGGGGUGAUCUCCGAACAUACAAAGAAGAUGUGCACAAGGUCCCUUCGCUGCCCCCAGCACACAGAUGAGCAGAGACGGGCUGUCCGUGUCUAUUUCCUGGGCCCCUCAGCCCCUUUGCCUGAGGCAGAGGGCUCUGUAGAGAACGACAGCUUUGAUGUGGCUGAGAGCCAGGCCUUGAUGAGCCGGCUACAGUGGGACGGCUCCUCUGAUCUCUCACCCUCUGACUCUGCUUCUUCCAAGACGAGCACUAAUAACUCCGAAUCAAGGAAGACCAAGAAAAAGAAACCCCACCUGAGUCUGGUGGGGGCAGCUCCAGGCCUCAGCUCCAACAAGAAGAAGAAGCCAAAGCCCCCUGCGCCCCCCACACCGAGCAUCUAUGAUGACAUCAACUGACCAGAGGCUCGAGGGUGUACCCUUGUCUGGGCCAACACCUCCCCACCCCUAUCCCCAUCCUGGUUGACAGGUGGCAGCCUUGAGCAAAGGCCGGGGAUUUGGGGGUAUGAAGUUGGGGGGGGGUGGGACAAGCCAGCUUUGACCCUGGUUUUUACCACAACAUGAUGGCAGGACCCUAUUGACUGUGCACGACCCUCAGGCGUGCAGGACUCAGACCUGGACAUACUCUGCCUUGAACAAGUUUUUCGGGGGAGAGUGUUUUUCUAUUUAUUCUGUGAUUUCCUGGAUGUCCAGCUGGGAUUGAGAGGAGAGGGGGCCCGACUUGGCUACCAUGCUAGGGUGCAUACACUGCCUGCCUUUCACCCUAGGGAUUGAAUGAAAUCCCAUGGAAGGUGCAUUGUGGCUAUCCAGGGGGCUGUGCAUUGGGAACUGAGCCCCAAAGAGGCCCCGUCUGCUUUCCUCAAUGUGAAUGGGUCUGGUGCUUGUGGCUGAGGGCUGCUCUCCUGGCCGGUGACCCCUCUUUGGAGUGGGUGGGUAGGCACAGAGUAUUCCCUUCUUGGGGCACUUCAGACUAGUCCCCCCUCCACCUUUCUCCUCAGUAUCUUAGGGCCCCCUGGGCCGUGGGAGCUGCUCCUCUGUUGGAGAGCCAAGAGGGGCUGCCAGAAACCUCUGGCUUCAGGGAAUGGGAAGGGACAGGGGAGGAAAAGGAAACUGUUUUUCACAACUUUCCUUUCUCCCUUUUCCCAAACCCCAGAGCCCUUGGGGGACAGGGCCCCAAAGUGAGUGGGAACGGUGCUGCUUUAUUUGAAAUGUUUUCUUACCUCAUCCCCUGCCCUGGGAAAGGGCCCAGCCUCACCCUCAGGGUGGCCCCAACUUCCCCCUGCUUACCCUUUUGUCCUGAUAGGACUCCCCAGGUCCUUACUUGCUGCUUGCUGCCCUCUUUCACUCCUAUGUGCUUUGGUUCAUCUCUUGCCCUUCCUCCUUAGCUUUUUUCCCCCAAGUUAUUUAUUCUGGGCUUGUAAUCUGACACUCUGAGGAGAGUUCUGAUCUGAUAUAGUGGGUGGGAAGAGGGUAAACUGGUGGUGCCUGUAGGUUUAUACCAGAGGAGAAGGAGAUGUGCUGUUAGACUAGAUAUUGCCCAUUCCUUCCUGCAAAGUUGGGAUGAAAGGAUUCCCGUCUCUUUCCACCUUGCCACCCAGAGCUAAACUGUAAGGGCUGGAGGACUGGGGUGAUUAUCAGCUUUGAAAGUUGGUGGGAAUACUAGACUUGAAACAGACACUAUCCUGAGUAACUUCGCCUCUGGUGAGCAUAUAGUGUUCCUUUCCUCCCAGGCUGGAGGAAUCUAUCCCUCAUCUGGCCUACUAGAUACUAGCAUUAGUACUCUGGACUGGAGAGCCAACAGAAGUAGCAGAUUGGGACCUUCCUACCCACCAUCUCCAACUCCCUGGCUGGGCCUGCUUACAGAUUGGUUUUUAAUCCAAGAAUUUUGUUUUGUUUUUUAAAGGACAAAAUAAAGCCAAACCCGAGUGUGAGCUAGAAUAGAGGCUGGGCCCAGGGCAAUCCCUGCCCUUAUUUCCAUAGCCCUCCCCAUUUAGAGGAGGGAACCCAGAGCCCCUCAGCCCUUCCAAAUCAUGUCUUGGAAGCAGGUUGGUAUUGGAGGGGAAGGGGCAAACUGUUGUGCUGGCUGGAAGAGGGUGGGGUGAGGAGAUGGAACCCUCAACCUUCUGAGAGGUGGUUGUAGUUCCCAAGGCGAAGUGAUGGUCCCUUUGCUAUACUGAGGCCCAGGUGGUUCCUACCUUCCCCUUCCUGUCUGAAGAGGGAGACCUAGGAAGUACUUUGGGGAGACUUCCCAGUGUUCACUUGCCCAACUUUCUUCACUUCACCUCUCAGGGCACAGCCCAACUCCAUGCUGGGCUAUACGAGAUGAGCCUGGCCCAGCUGGGAAUUUUAGGGAACAAUUUCCUUCCCUUUGGGGGAAGAGGGCUUAUUGCCCUUUAAUUGCUGGGUUAGGAGCUUCCCAGGCCUCUCCCUUCCCUUUCUCUAGUAACAGGCUAUGUGGAUUUUGCUUCCCAUCCUUCCCCCUGUUCCCAGCUAGAUGUAUUGUCCACCCUGUAGCCUAUCAUGUGUCUAAGUAUGUGUGUGGGGGUUCUGUAUUGAUUUUUAUGUGGCCGGUGGCUUUUCUCCUUCCAUACAUCACUCUCCCCCUGCAUGCCCAGGGGCCACCUGCCUGGCAUUAACGCAUGCUGGGGCCAUUGGGAGGGAGGGGGUGUUGUUGUCCUGUGGUUUUGAAAUUUUAUUUUUGCAUAUGUAAUCCAUCUUGUACAGGUAGCUAACUUUGUAAACGCUGUGUACUCCCCAUCCCCCAUGGCUGCUGGUGUAAAUAAAUUGCAUUUUUCUGUUGUUAA